AUGACGGCUUCAUCGUCCAAGAAAGCCAACACCGAUGACUCCGCAGCGCCAGCAAGCUCUCGAGAAGGCGAACAAGAUCCGGACUCUUAUGAUAUACUCAAUGAACUCGCGGUCUCAGGACCAGUCCAGAAUCCCAAUGGGAAUGCCCUUCAUCAUUCUACAACCUUAGAGAGCGAGAGGAACCACCAUUCCGGAGGCAAGGGUCGAGUCGAGAGAAAGAGAAUCCCAGGGAAAUCAGCUAAGAAAGCUCGAAGCGUCGACCAGCAAGCAGAUGGGGAUACCAAUUACGAUAUUCCGGAUAAUUACGCCAACCUAGACGAGUUGGCUACUUCUUUGCCCGUGGAGAAUCCACAGGAAAGCCAGCUAUAUGGCCACAGAUCAUUAGAGGAGGCAAGGGAUGAAGAGCAGGAAUACGAAAAUAAUCAGGCAAGGCAGAAAAGGAAAGGACCACUAGAGGAUGAGAACAGAAUCCACAGAAUUUCAAAGUUCGCGACCCAGUUAUAUACGAUCUCAUAUCUGAUCCUAUUUUCAAUACUGGGAACCCUCGCUCGACUUGGUUUACAGGCUAUUACAGUCUACCCCGGAGCUCCAGUGGUAUUUGGCGUCCUAUGGGCUAACUUUGGGGGGAGUCUGGUCAUGGGAUUUCUAAGUGAAGACCGAAUGCUAUUCAAGGAGGAAUGGGGUACUCCAAACUAUCAUCAACAGAUCCAGAAGGCAGAGGAACAAGCGCAGGAUGGAGAGCUUGGAUCCGGCUCAGAAUUAACUGCCGAAUUACAAGCUGCAAAGAAGGCGCAUAAUGCGACGAAGAAGACCCUUCCUCUGUACAUUGGUUUGGCGAUCGGGUUUUGCGGCUCCUUUACUUCUUUUUCGUCAUUCAUUCGGGAUGCAUUUCUUGCAAUGUCUAAUGACCUUCCUACGCCUCUCAAUCAUCCUGAUAAUUAUAGUCCAGCGAUGGCUUCUUCUACUUCCACGGUUCAUCGAAAUGGCGGCUAUUCGUUCAUGGCUUUGCUAGCCGUGAUCAUUACGACUGUUGCACUUUGUAUCUCUGGCCUAUAUAUUGGAGCUCAUAUCGCCAUUGCAUCCGAACCUUGGACCCCAAGUCUCCCAUAUAAACACUGCCGCAAGAUUUUAGACCCUCUAGCAGUUGUGCUUGCAUGGGGUUGUUGGCUUGGUGCUAUCAUCCUCGCCAUCUGGCCUCCAGACCGACACGACAGCCCUCCUGAAAUAUGGCGUGGUCGAGCAGUAUUUGCCCUCGUUUUCGCUCCUUUGGGAUGUCUUGGACGUUUCUAUGCCUCGCUAUAUCUCAAUGGCAAGAUUGCUUCGUUCCCUCUUGGGACAUUUGUUGUCAACAUCUUUGGAACAGUAAUGAUUGGCAUGACUUAUGACUUGCAACGCGUGCCUUUAGGGGGUGUGGUUGGUUGUCAGGUGUUACAAGGGAUCGAAGAUGGCUUUUGCGGAUGUUUGACGACAGUCAGCACGUGGGUGAGCGAAUUGAGCUCUUUGCGGAGGAGGCAUGCUUAUAGAUAUGGUGCUGCAAGUUUAAUUGUGGCACUGUGCUUCUUGAUUGUCAUUAUGGGAAGUAUGCAAUGGACGAGAGGCUUUUCGGCGUUACAGUGCACGCAUUGA